CUGUUGUGUACAACUCGGUGCGGUUAUAUAGUCGAAUAGUGGCUAACUUUAAACUCCAUAUUAAAUGUGAACAGCUCCAUGUGAAACCGAAAUAUGAAUAUCGCUCAUGCAGUUAGAAUAAAGCAGCGCAUUUUUCGAUUUCAAUCCUCGUAAAUGAUAUGUUGAUAAACAAAUGACGCCAUAUUGAUUUUGAUUUUGGGUAGCCUAUAUUCAAUUGAUGUCUAACCCCUGACUACUCCCUGCGUGUGGUGACAUUUGAGUUACUUUGUUGUUUUCUACAAAGUGAUUAUUGAAAAAUUAUUACAUGCGUUUACAAAACUAGGAAAAAAACAGCAAAUAUUGAACAGUUUCAAAAAUAUUGAUUCCGCGUGGCGCCGUCAAUUGAUGUAGAGGAAAACAUGAUAGAAAAUCUUUCCAAAAAGCGAAUGGUGUUUGGAAUAAGUUGUUUGAUAUUAUUAACAAUCAUAGUGUUGAUAAUCGAAUCUAAAUGGAUGAAGAGCGGAACACGUCGUCAAGAGUUUAUUAUUGAAAAUAAUUCCACCUGUUGGAUACGUGAAUCGUAUGAGGUCAUAAAGGACUGCCAUCCAUGCACAGCAUUCGAAAUAGCCAGUAAAUCACAAGGGGUCUGUGUCCACACGCACAACAAAGAAGUGCUAAAGUGCCUUAGUGGAGAGAUUGUCACUCGCAGCUGUGAUAGAGUCGCUUGGCUUGACGAGAAACAUUUUUGGUCCUUCCAGAUAUCGCUAACAAUUAUCGGUUGUUUAUCAACUGCGGUGUCGUUUCUUCGUCAAAAAUCGCUCAAUCGAAGGGCCAUGCUAAAAAUUCAGAACCAACUUGGGACCUGCUAA